ACGGACCUAUUAACACCGGCGAAACACCUCAACGAUAUGGGCUCCAAUCUGGCCUCGAAUAAAUCAAUUGCACUGCACGGUUUUAUGGUGGGUCAGCUGCAGCCAGACUGUCUCCGGGAGGACAGUUUAUUGGCCCUGGAGAGGUUCCAUCAUUCGCCUGGGCCACAGAGGUGGCCGAAGAAAGAACAAGAUCCUGUUAGUUCAAGAUCGCACGAGAGGAAAUCAAAGGGUGAAAUUAGUAGAGAGUUGAAUACUAGAGAUAAGACAAAUGAUGGUAGAAUGGAAAAAGAGGAGAGCGACUUGAAAGCAACAGAAGCAGGACUCCGGGUUAAUGAAAAUGAUGAGCAAGAAGAGAACGAAGUAGAGAGAGAGGAAGAUGAAGAAAAGGGGGAAAAGGAGAUAUUAGAUCCUGAGAAGGUUGGGGAAGAAUCGCAAACUUGGUCAAGCAUAUCCCGAAUUCAGUUUCCAACACAGACCAGGCUCCAUCAUCCCCUAUCUUUGCUCUGCUUAAGUGUCCACUAUGGACGCAGCUUACAGGUUCCAACACAAAAGAUGGAUCACACUUAA